AUGAGUCCAGCCUCUUCGACGGCCAAUGAACAGGUACCCGACGAGCGGACAUCCCUUAUACCCAAUCCCCCUUCGAAGAAGCACCACAAUAUCGCUGGCUUAUCUGCACUUCGUUUCAGAUUGAUAUGCUUCUCACUCUGGUGCGGUACUUUUCUGGUCGCCUUCGACUCGACCUUGGUCUCAACGCUGUUAUCAGACAUCGGAUCGCAUUUCGAGUCGGCAACGCAAGUGUCAUGGCUGGGCACUUCUUACCUCCUGACCGUCUGCUGCUUCACACCGAUAUACGGGAGACUCUCCGACUUGAUCGGUAGGAGGAAUGCCCACCUCACAGCCAUGUUUUUCUUCACGCUUGGCACUCUAUUUUGCGGGUUCGCUCCGACCAUGAACAGCCUCAUCGCUGCUAGGGCCAUAGCAGGUAUAGGGGGAGGUGGAGUAGGAAGUGUCAGUGCAAUUUUAAUGACUGACCUGGUGGAUCUGAGACAUCGAGGCAUUUAUCAGGGCUACGUCAAUAUCCUAUUUGGCGUAGGCGCAGCUCUAGGUGGGCCCGUCGGAGGAUGGAUAUCAGAUCAUUUCGGCUGGCGAGCCGCUUUCUUCGCCCAAGUGCCCUUCCUUCUCAUAGCAGCUUUGUUCAUAUACACGUUUGUCAAUACUCCCAAUCUCUCGCAUCAAGAUACAGCCGAAUCACCUAAUUGGCGACAACAGCUUGGUCGUAUCGACUGGCUGGGAUCUCUGACUUUGGCUUUAGCAGUGGCAUCUCUACUCCUGUCAAUGUCCAUCAAGACGUCUACAACGAAACCUGACGGAACGGAUUACAAACUCUCAGAUCCAUUGAUAUGGGGACUACUCGUGGCAUCAGCCAUUUGCACAAUAGCAUUCGUACUAGUCGAGAAAUACUAUUCACCCGAACCGAUCUUACCUUUAAAACUAUUAACUCGUCGUACCCCAUUAGCGAUCGCCAUCUCAUCAUUCACCAUGGUUUCAGGACAAUAUUCGAUUUUAUACAAUUUGCCGUUAUUUUUCACCAUUGUUCAAAAUAAAUCGUCUUCCAAUGCUGGUGCUCACCUCUUGCCAAAUUCGAUAUUGAUCGGCGUAGGAUCGUUAUUUGUCGGAUGGAGGAUGAGACAUACAGGCAAAUAUUGGUUUUUGGGUAUAGGAUGUUCGAGUUUGAUGGUUUUAAGUUCGAUCGGGAUGUUAGCCUGGAAGAAGGAUUCACCAGAUUGGUUGACCUGGCUCGCUCAGGCUCCAGGAGGGUUUGGGUAUGCUGGUGUGUUGACGACGAGUCUGGUGGCGCUCAUGACUCAUAUAACGAGGAGGGAUAGGAGUGAGACCGCUGUGGCUACUAGUAUGUCAUACCUCUUUAGAACGGUCGGUCAAGUAUUGGGUGUAGCUAUUAGUGCAGCUAUCGUUCAAUUCGUCGUUCAGAGGGAUCUGGACAGAAAUAUAAAAGGACCCGAUGCUUCCGAGAUCAUAUAUCAAAUCCGACAUUCCACCUCAUCGAUACCUCAACUUUCGCCGGCUAACCGAGACAUCGCCGUGGGAGCAUACGAACAUGGAUUACAUCUAGUGUUCAUCUUCAACCUCGUCGUCAGCGUUCUGACUGUCUUGGCAUUGGCGAUCGUACAUGAAGAGGAAAUGGUGCUGAGUCCACAGCAGACGGCUGAUGAAGAAGAUUGA